AAGCCCUCUUCUCUCGUCUGUUAAUAUAUCAUUUUCCGUCCCCUAAUUGAAAUUUCAAAACUGAAGGUAAAGUGAGAGUUCUCUCUCUCUCUCCGUGUUUGGGAGCUGAGAAAGUUGAACUCCCAAGAAAUUUCAAUUUCCCUCAACUAAUGAAAAUUUUCUGUUUGUUUUCGUAUCCUUGAGUUUGAAAUUACUUUGGCAGUAAUGUCCCUCCUCAGUAGAUUCUUCUACCGAAGGCCUCCCGAUGGAUUGCUUGAAUUUGUCGACAGAGUAUAUGUUUUUGAUUCUUGCUUUUCAACUGAAGUUUUACCUGAUGGAAUGUAUCAAAUAUAUCUACAUGAAAUUGUUGCUGAAUUGCAUGAGGAAUUUCCUGAUUCAUCUUUUCUCGCUUUUAAUUUUCGUGAGGGUGAAAAAAGGAGCCAGUUUGCUGAAAUUUUAUGCCAAUAUGAUGUCACUGUCAUGGAUUAUCCACGACAGUAUGAGGGUUGCCCUCUUCUUCCUUUGUCUUUGAUUCAGCAUUUUCUUCGUGUUUGUGAGACUUGGCUUUCCAUUGGGAAUCAUCAGAAUAUUAUCCUUUUCCAUUGUGAGAGGGGGGGUUGGCCUCUUUUGGCCUUCCUUUUAGCUAGUUUCUUGAUUUUUAACAAGUUGCAUACUGGUGAACGAAGAACUCUUGAGAUUGUGCAUCGAGAGGCUCCUAAAGGCUUCUUGCAGCUUUUGUCACCUCUCAAUCCUUUCCCAUCUCAGCUUCGUUACCUGCAGUAUGUAGCCAGAAGAAAUAUAACACCUGAGUGGCCUCCUCCAGAACGUGCACUUUCUUUGGAUUGUGUUAUUAUUCGUGCCAUUCCAAGCUUCGACUCUGAAAAUGGGUGCAGGCCAAUCAUUCGUAUUUUUGGUAGGAAUUUCCACACAAAGCGUGGGCUUUCGACCCAUAUGCUCUUCUCAAUGUCCAAGAAGAAGAAGGCCACCCUUCGGCAUUAUCGCCAGGCAGAAUGUGAUGUGAUUAAGAUUGACAUUCAGUGUAUGGUGCAAGGAGAUGUUGUAUUGGAGUGUGUGCAUCAGGACUUGGAUCCAGAAAGGGAGGUUAUGAUGUUUCGCGUAAUGUUUAAUACUGCGUUUAUUCGAUCUAAUAUAUUAAUUCUCAAUUCUGAGAACUUGGACAUUCUUUGGGAUUCAAGGGAACGAUAUCCCAAAGGCUUUCGGGCAGAGGUUUUGUUUGGGGAGGCAGAGAAUAUAUCCCCACCGAAGGCUCCAACUACAAUUUUAAAUGGUGAGGAGAAAGGUGGAUUGCCAAUUGAAGCUUUUUCUAGGGUUCAAGAACUUUUCAAUGGGGUCGAGUGGGUUGAUCACAAUGAUGACGCUACCUUGUGGUUACUUAAACAACUUUCUGUCUUAAGUGAUGCCAGAGAAUUUUCAAGAUUGCAAAAUAGAGGCAGUUCAUAUGCAUCACCUAUUGACUCUGAAGAAGAAUAUAAUGCUUCUAGUGCUGCUGAUAGUUCAGACGAAGCAUUUGAUCUUAUUCCCAAAACUUCUGCCGAUUCAGUUCUCUCACCUAUUGACGGUGAUGGUCUUCAUGAUUCAAAUAAUGUUUCAGAACCUCCAGCGCAAAUUUCCAUUGAAACUAUUCCAUCCUCCCUUCCUCAGCAGCUAUCAUUUCCAAAUGAAGCAACUCCUCCUCCUUCAUCACCUCCAACUCUCCUUUCCCCAUCUGUUGCACAACUGCCCCCGCCUCCUCCCCCGCCUCCCCCACCACCAUGUCUUGGUCUCUCAAGUAACAUUAAUAGACCUCAGUCACCUCCUUUGCCACGUCUUCCCAGUGUUUCGAACAGAGAUUCUACCACAUUUCCAGCUCUCACUACUAAUAGAAAUCCUCAGCCACCUCCUUGUCCACCUCCACCUCCAACCUUCAAUAAAUCUGUUUCUUCAGCACCUCCAAUUGGUGGAGGUCCUCCACCUCCACCUCCACCUCCACCACCUCCUCCUAACUUUUCCAUUAAAGAUUCCUACACACCACCUCCUUCUACCAGCAAAGGUCCACCAUUGCCUCCACCACCACCACCACCACCACCACCACCACCACCACCACCUUUCAGUUCUUCUAAAGGACCCAGUCCCCCUCCAGUUCCUCCACCUCCUCCUCUUCCUUCAAUAUCAAACCCAUCAUUGUCGCCACCAUCACGGCCACCACCGCCACCGCCACCACCACCACAGCCACCAUCCUUGAUCAGUUCAACUAAUAGUCUACGGCCUCCACCUCCACCACCACCGCCACCACUGCCGCCAUCUCAGACACUGUCUUCACGCUCAAACUUCUCUUUGGCAGCGGCACCGCCGCCUCCACCUCCUCCACCUCCUUUGGGUCGAAACCCUAGUAAUACCAUGAAGACACCUUGCCCCCCUCCUCCUCCUCCCCCUCCUUCAGGACCUAUGCGGCCUAGUUCAGUCCCACCACCUCCAUCAUCAGCACCCAAUCCUCCUGCUCCCCCUCCACCACCAGGUCGCAACACAGCACCAGGUCCACCACCACCACCCCCUCCUGGAGCCAAGGCCUCUAGUGUGCCACCACCGCCACCUCCAUCUAUUGGAAGGGGAAAAGCUUCUUCAGGGCCUAGUGGCCAUGGAAGAGGUCGGAGUACUGGUGGGACAGGUAAUGCGCCUAGGAAAACUUCACUAAAACCUUUACAUUGGGUGAAAGUUACUCGAGCAAUGCAAGGGAGUUUGUGGGCAGAUUCACAGAAGCAGGAAAAUCAGUCAAGGGCCCCCGAAAUUGAUAUAUCAGAACUUGAAAGCUUGUUCUCAGCUGCUUCUGUUUCAGAUGGAAGUGGUAGUAAUAAAGCUGGAGUACGACGUGGUUCUAACAUUAACAAACCUGAGAAAGUGCAAUUAGUUGACUUGCGUAGGGCAUAUAAUUGUGAAAUAAUGCUCACAAAGAUAAAAAUACCUUUGCCGGACAUGAUUAAUGCUGUUCUGGCUUUGGAUUCUUCAUCUUUAGAUAUUGAUCAGGUUGAGAAUCUCAUCAAAUUCUGUCCCACCAAGGAAGAAAUGGAGACGCUGAAGAAUUAUACUGGUGACAAGGAAAUGCUGGGGAAGUGUGAACAGUUUUUCCUGGAGCUGAUGAAGGUUCCGCGAGUAGAAGCUAAGCUUCGAGUAUUUGCCUUCAGAAUCACAUUUUCUAGUCAGGUGGAAGAUUUAAGAUGUCACCUAAAAACUAUUAAUGGUGCUGCUAGAGAGGUAAAAGAAUCUGUGAAAUUGCGUCAGAUAAUGCAAACAAUUCUGACUUUAGGAAAUGCUUUGAAUCAGGGCACUGCAAGAGGAUCUGCUGUUGGAUUCAAAUUGGACAGCCUUCUUAAGUUAUCUGACACUCGUGCAAGAAAUAACAAAAUGACUUUAAUGCACUACUUAUGCAAGCUCCUUUCUGAGAAGAUGCCAGAGUUGCUAGAUUUUGAUAAGGACCUUGUACAUAUAGAAGCAGCCUCAAAGAUUCAAUUGAAAAACUUGGCUGAAGAAAUGCAAGCUGUGAGUAAAGGUCUUGAAAAGGUUGAGCAAGAGCUUGCUGCUUCAGCAAAUGAUGGUGCUAUCUCUGCAGGCUUUCAAAGGGUGUUGAAGAACUUUCUUGAUACUGCCGAAGCUGAAGUGCGGUCGCUUAUCUCCUUGUAUUCUGAAGUGGGAAGAAAUGCAGAUUCAUUGUCCCAGUACUUUGGAGAGGAUCCAGCUCGUUGUCCCUUUGAGCAAGUGACACAAACCUUGGUCCUUUUUGUGAAGAUGUUCAAUAAGUCACGAGAGGAGAAUGAAAGGCAGGCUGAGGCUGAAAAGAAGAAAUUGGAGAAGGAAGCUUUGAAAGAAAAGGCAGCUGCUAAUUUACCUGCAAAGAAAGAUGGUAUUGACAAUGACAAGUUAAAACCUGGUUUUCAAAUCCAUAAACACCCAUCGUAAUUUUCCUCCAGUGGCACCCAAUUGGAGAUCUGCUCAUGUUAGAACUGUACUCUUUGCUGUUAGUCAUGCAUGAUAAUCACAGCUCCUCGAGAUAAUGGGGCCACAAAUUCCAUGUUGAAUUAGGUCGAGCUGCAACCUGUAAUGUUUAGUAAAUUUGCUUGUAAAUCCAGCAAUUUCAUGGCAAGUUUCUCUUCUCUGGGUUAUACUCAUUUUGUUACAGAUGAAUGACCCGAAGAUUGUAAGUAAUGCUUUGAAUGGCAUAUACAUUGCAGAAAAAUAUAUUGAAUGUUGUAGAUAAUGUUAUGAAACGAGGGAAAUUUUUGCCUA